AUGGUCAAGGACAAAGACACUGUGAUCAGCGAGUUUAAUGAGCUCGUUAAUAUGACACCCAAUGAGCUGCGUGGGUGGCUUAGAGAAGAGAAAUCCCAGUCGUCGGGAUGGGCGGGUGAAUCUGGCGAGACCAUUGGCCAUGAGAGUGGCAGGAAGAUAGUUCAGAUCUUGGAGCAUAAUCCAUCGCGAAGCCCAUCAGAUUAUGCGGAUUCUGAGAUCGACCACAUGCGCAAGGUGGUUUCCUACUGUAAACGCCAUCUUGCCCAAGAAGAAGCCGUCAAGCGCAACCCGAACAGCAAAAGCUACCGCUCACUCAAGAACUGGGGACAUGAUGCACUCAAAGAAUGA